AUGAAUAACACAUCGAUCAACUGCGAGGAGAUUUUGGCGAGAUUCCCGCCUCCACCACCAAGAAUGUCCAUGGUCGUGAAAUCAUUGUACUGUGUAUUUAUCUUGGUCUUUUCGCUAAUAACAUUAACUGGAAACGCAUUUGUCAUUGCAUCAGUGGCGAUGGUUAAAACGUUACAGAAACGAACACACGCGUUCGUCGUGGCUGUUGCAUGUGCAGACAUCGGUGUCGCCAUCUUUGUGAUGCCUUUUCGACUGUACGAAGAGUGGAAUGGCGGAUGGUUACUUGGAGAGUCCUUUUGUUUGACGGUUAACAUGUUUGAUGGAGUAUUCUGCUCGGUGUCCAUGUGCACACUCUGUUGCCUAGCAAUCGAAAGGUAUUUGGCCGUCUGCCGACCAUUCCUUCACGCGAAGAUCAAACCCAGCCUUGUUAUAAUUAUCAUCGCUGUAUGCUGGAGUCUCCCUAUAGCUGGAUGGGGUAUUUUUCUCUUCAACCAGUACCACAUCGUUGGGAUUGAAGACUUUGUUUUCUGUGUGCUGGACGGCGCCUGCCCGCUGAUCACGAAUCUAGUGUCCACUCUUGUUCUUGGCAUCGUCCCUUUCUGGUUGCCUUUGUUGGUGAUGACUUUCUGCUACGUUCGGAUAUUUGUUACGGCAAAUCGCCACAUACGGGUAAUCUGUGAAACCACCAUCACUGACGCUGACAGACGGUUGCAGCUGGCAUUCACUCAAAAAAUGAAAGCAGCAAAAACUCUAGGCAUUGUGAUUGGAUGCUUCUUGGUAUGUUGGUUGCCAUUUUUCAUUGUAGUGACAGGUGAUGCAGUCGAAGGUUUCCAGUGGUCAGUUCAGCUUAAGAUCUCUGUCACGUGGUUGGGCUACCUCAACUCGAUGAUGAAUCCAUUCUUGUACUACAUCUUCAGCUCCGAAUUUAAAGCAGCUUUUCGAAGCAUUGUAAAAUGCAUGAGAGGUUAUUCGGAUGACAGACUCGGGUAUUCUUCAAACACUAUUUCUUCGUAA